AAUGUUCUGUAUUGGGGAAUUUGGGCUGAGAGGGUAAAAAUGGGAGAUUACGAAGGUUGUGCACAACAAACUAUACCGCCAACCAACUUCUUAAUUGCGCACCAGAUGAUGGUGAUGGUGGUAAUAGGUAAGUAAGCCACACAAAAAAAAGGGGAUGGUAGGUGAAUUGAAGGGUCAGUAGCAGCACCACCCAAGCCACCAAACAACACCACCAUACACUCAAAACUCAUAACAAGCAAGUAUUUUUAGUCACAUCCUUCUCUUCUUGUUUACCAUCCACAUUCAUUUCUUCUAGCCAGAGCUCCGAUACUUUUUCUACUGUUAAGCAACAGUUCCCUAGCUAGUCAUACCACUCUAAUAACUAUGGGUGAAACUAAGGACGUUGAGUCUGCUACUAAGACGGUGCUCGUGGAUGAUAUUCCUUUCCCACAAAACAUCAUCACUGUGACUACUGCAAAACAAUUACCACUGUUGGGACAAGGAAUUACCGACAUGGAAAUACAUUUUCUCCAGAUCAAAUUUACAGCAAUUGGACUUUACUUGGAACCAGAAAUUGCUAGCCAUUUGAAGCAAUGGAAAGGAAAAACCGGAGCUGAAUUAUCCCAAGAUGAUGAAUUUUUCGCUGCUGUUGUUUCGGCACCUGUGGAGAAGCAUGUGAGAGUCGUGGUGAUUAAAGAGAUAAAAGGGUCACAAUAUAUGUUGCAGCUAGAGAGUUGGGUAAGGGACGAACUAGCAGCCGCUGAUAAGUACGAGGACGAAGAAGAAGAGUCCCUUGAGAAAGUUAUUGAAUUCUUUCAGUCUAAAUACUUGAAGCAGCAUUCUGUUAUUAGCUUCCACUUCUCAUCUACCAUCCCUGCUGUUGCCGAGAUUGGACUGGAAAUAGAAGGACAGAAAGAUCUGAAGAUGAAAGUUGAGAACGGAAAUGUAGUGGAAAUGAUACAGAAAUGGUAUUUGGGUGGGACUAGGGGAGUCUCUCCAUCAACCACUCAGUCUUUGGCGAACAGCCUUGGGGAAAUGCUAGUUCAGUGAUCGGCAACGAGUUUAACAUAUGGGGAUGUUUCCUUUGGUUCCUGUUUUAUUUGAUUUCAUCCUUUUCUAUUGAGCACUAGAGACGUAUUGUAACACUAUAAAUUCGACUUCGCCACCGGUUGUUGAUUUAUAAUAAAAUCUAUAAGUCAUGGUUGAUCGAAUCCAAAACUUCUGAUGAA